AUGGAGAUCAUGUCCACUGGAGACGUCACUGGAGAUGUCUACCCUACAGCCAUUCUCUUCUCGGUACUCGCUUGGUUCUCCUGGCUUCUUUGUAUUGCACCUCUUGUCUGGCACAUCUCGCAGCGAAACGUUGCAGCGAGCUCGCUGGUGCUCUGGAUCAUCCUCACAAAUUUCCCUCUCGGCAUCAAUGCGAUAAUAUGGGGCCACGACAACAUCGACCAGUGGUGGGAUGGUGCUGUGUGGUGCGAUAUCAACGUCCGCAUCCAGGUCGGAGCGCAAGUCAGCUUGGGCGCAGCCGUGGCCAUGAUCCUUCGGAGACUCGCACAGGUCAUGGAUACUCGCAACAUCACCGUGUCUCUAAGCAGGAGCAGCAAGUUGAGGCGUCAGCUAGUCGAGCUUGCAUGGUGCUGGGCAUAUCCUCUGGUUAUGAUCCUGUUAUACAUUCCCAUCCAGUCCGUCCGUUACCACAUCUCAGGCAUCGAAGGAUGUAAUUCUGGGUAUGACCCAAAUUGGAGAAGUCUGGUUCUCAAUGUCAUGUGGGUGCUCAUCACAAUGCUCGCAGUGGUGUAUUAUGCAGUCCUCCUCCUCUUCCGUCUCUUCCGGUACCGUCGCGAAUUCUCCCGCCUCGUGUCAGCCCGCAAUACCACUCGAUCUCGCUUUCUCCGUCUUUUUUUGAUGUGCAUGGUCUUCCUCUUCACCGUCGUAGCGUACUCGGUGUACUCAUUCUACUACUUCUGCAACGCCAUGGUCACAUACGAGCUUGACACCGCGUGGUGGGAUUCCAUCGAGGGAGACAAAAGAAAAGUCAUUCUCAAGUUCCGAUCAGACGGCGCUGUGCACGUCGACAAAUGGGGCCAAAUUGGCCUGGGAUACAUCGCAUUCCUGCUCUUCGGCACCGGCACAGACGCCUACAACACUUACAAGAAGAUGCUCCUCGCAAUCGGCUUAGGCAAACUCUUCCCCAGCCUGUACAUCAUGCAUGACACCGCCUCCAGCACACCCAGCAGCUUCGUCAAGGCCAAGAGCUACUUCUCCAAAGGCACCUCGCGCUUCAGCUCGUUCGGCGGCAGCACCUUCAACACCAGCAUGCGCAGCGACUCCGUCGCACUAGACACCCUGGACCGCCCGGCUCUACGCUCCGUCUCCAGCACGACCCCCGUCCUGCACGACCACAGCGAGCCCCUCGCCCCCUCGCUCCUCAAACGCAUCUUCACCCGCGGCCGCCAUCAGCCCAUCCUCCCCGUCUUCUCGCAGCGCUCUCUGACUCCCCAGCCCGAGAAAGACACCGCCACAGACACAGUCACCGAGGGCUUCUCAGCGCGCGCAUGGGCGUCCGAGGCGCCAUCGAGCCGACGCACCAGCGAGCCCAGCGGCGUGAUUGUGUUCCGCGAAGUGCACUUAGACGAGGAGAUACGGGCGAGCGCGGAGCGGAACGAGAACACGCAUGGCACCGUCGAAGUAUGCGGCAAUGAACAAUUCGUGCUUGGAAGAGACAUGAAGUGCCGCUACAGCUGGUAUGACGACUUCACAAUUUCUAGAGAACAUCUUCGCAUCCAUUGCAUCCUGUACGAACAAGAUCCGGUUGCUAAUAUUGCUCCUUUCGUCUAUGCUACUGACCUCUCGGCGAAUGGCACUUACUUGAGGAAAAGCAAUGCCGAUUGCACUGGCUCUCAAGGUCGGGGUAUCUUGAUGGGCCAGAAUGGCAGCUUUCUUCUCGAUGACGGGGACGAGCUCCAGCUGUCAGAGACCGUUACUCUAAUUUAUCGGUCAGUUGGAGCAGUUAUGCAAAGUGUUUUGACAGCGACUCAAGAGCGCGAGAAGGCGGUGCUUUCGUCUCGCUACCUCAUUACCAACCGCCUACUCGGUGAAGGUGGAUAUGGCAAGGUACUGAUUGGUAUCGACCAGAUCACACAGCGUCAGCUCGCAUGUAAGAUGGUGAACCUCGAAAAACUCUACGACCGACGCGCUGACCUGUUCGCGUCCACAAAUGAUGCGCAACAGCCCUCGAACCAAGCCAUCAAUGAAUUGCCGCUCAAUGUCCAGAACUGUUUUCGCGAGUUUGACAUUCUCAAAGACCUCAGCCAUCCCAACAUUGUCCACAUACAAAGGGUUUUCUGGAGUCGGAGCACGAUUUACAUGUUCCAGGAACUCGUGACCGGCGGAGACCUCUUCUCAUACAUUCAGUACAAGCAUGGCAAGAUUCCAAUCAUCGAAUCCGCUGUUAUUAUCCGACAGGUUUUGAAGGGUGUUCAGUAUCUGCAUGAUCACGAUGUCGUGCAUAGAGACCUCAAACCUGACAACAUACUGAUGACAUCUCUCGAUAACGGCGCCCGUGUUGUCAUUACAGACUUUGGCCAUGCGCGAUUUCUGCCUAACGCAAACACCCAGCGCGACUUUACGAGCAACAAGCUAAAACGCAUGUAUAGUGUUGUGGGUACGCUUGAGUACGCUGCACCUGAAAUCCACAGAGCGAACGACGCCAUCCCAAGCACGAGUGGCUACUCUCUAAGUGUCGACAUGUGGUCCAUUGGAUCCAUCACGGCAGCCAUACUCACAGGAGAGAUUUUAUUCAGCUGCCGAAAUGACGGUCCCUUCGAGGAAGACCCUCGACGUGUUAUAGUAGGUCUAGCCGCAGAAUGCGAUUUGAGCAUCCUCGACGACAAGUACCACCCUUUGUGGGGCCCGAUCGCCCCUGCGCCGAAAGAUUUCAUCAAACGUCUCCUUGUCUUGGACGAGGAAGAUCGCAUGUCUGCGACCGAAGCCUUGGAGCAUAUCUGGUUCACCCACCCAAUGAUGUCAGCAGAGUUCGAAGCUCAAUACGAGCGAGCCAUUAAGAAGUGGCGCCCACGUCUGUUGAACCAGACAUCUGGAGAGCGAAAAGCAUCAGACAGGAGUUCAAUUGAUGGCACACAGUCCCACUUCCUCUCUUCCAAGCGAACCCCAGAUCCAAACGAUCUCACGGACGAGUGUCACCGCACGGGUAAUGCUCAGCGCAGAGACCAGCUCUACCAAGACUAUGCAGUCGGCACACAUCGCGACUAUGCUGAUGAUUAUACUGAAUCCAACGAAGGUCAAGAUGCAUCCCUCGAUCAGCAGUCCGAGGGGCAGGAGUAUGCCGAAGAUGAGCCCGAUGACGCUCCGACGCCUCCAACGAACGACAGUAGAGGCCAACUCCAUCGCGUCAACACUUCAACACGAGGUAGGUAUUUUCAAAGAGAGAUUGUCGAUCUGGAUGACCUCAAUACUCCAACACACGAAUCGAAUGAGGGGGUGAAUGUCGUCGAGCCUAACUCUGAGAGGGGUGAUGCGGCAAAGCAGUACGGACGACUACGACGAGAAGAGACUGUUCAGGUGCGCAGGACUCCGCCUGUAGGCAAUGAGGCAUGCGAUAGUCUGGAACAAUGGGGGCAGCAUCGUGACCAGCAGACGCAAUUCCACUACGACACGCAGGCGGAGACGAUGACGCAGGAUGAUGAUAUCCUGGUGCAGGAUACGCCUCCAGAGAUGGUAUUGGAGCCCAAGGUCACGAGUACGAAUAGAGAACGCCGUGACUUUGACCAGAAUUGUAGGCAAUAUGUCUACGAAGUACCUUUGGCUCACAAAGUCGGCAAACCAAAGAAGGUCUAUGGCCGACGCCGUUGA